UGACGCCGCCGUGCCCCGCAGCCGCCACUCGCCGGGGCCGCGGCGGGAGCGCAGCGGGAGCCGCCGCAGCCGCAGCCGGAGCGGGGCCCGGCCGGCAGCCCUGAACAUUAACAGGAAAAUAACACUGAAACAGAAUGUCGCUUUCCUUUUGUCUGAAAAGGUGAAAUCUUUUCAGAUAGAAAUGGCUGAUAAGGGUGGGAAGAUGCUCCCAGGACAACUUUACAUUCAAGUGGAAUAUGACUAUGAGUAUGAGGCCAAGGACAAGAAAAUUGUGAUCAAACAAGGGGAGAAAUACAUCUUAGUGAAAAAGACUAAUGAUGAUUGGUGGCAAGUCAAGAGAGAUGAAAAUUCCAAACCCUUUUAUGUGCCAGCGCAAUAUGUGAAGGAAAUACCCCGGAAAGCACUGAUGCCACCUGUGAAGCAGGCAAGCAUGCUGCCAAAUAACACCUUGAAGGUGACACAUGGAUUACAGAGAUCAACAGAAAAUGUGAAUAAGUCACCAGAGCUUUCUAGUUUUGGAAAAUCUUCUCCAGUUCAAGUGUCUUGCUUAGUUCGAGAUGCCAAUCAAAACCUGGGACCAAACAAUAGUACCUGUCAAACUUUUGGGUUGAGUCUGGACCUUACCCAGAACAAUGGAAAACUUAACAAUGAGUUGCAAUCUCCCAAGGUUUCCAAUCAGUUUAGAACCAUUUCCAUGGGUCAUUUCCCCUGCCCGGAGUUCUUGGAAAUAGAGAAGACCAGCUUUUUGCAUGAACAAUCUUGUGAUUCAGCAGGAGAAGGCUCAGAAAAAAUUCACCAAGAUUCGGAGUCCGGAGAUGAACUCAGUAGUAGUUCCACAGAACAAGUGCAGCCAACUACUCCACCAAGCCAAGGGAGGCCUGAUUCACCAGUUUAUGCUAAUUUACAAGAACUGAAAAUAUCUCAGUCUGCACUUCCUCCACUACCUACAAGUGCUCCAGUCCAAAUAAAUGGGGAAUGGGAAACCCAUAAAGAUACGACAGGACGCUGUUAUUACUACAACAGAGGAUCGCAGGAGCGCACCUGGAAACCUCCGCGGUGGGCCCGGGACGCGAGCAUUAAUAAAGGGGAUUCCCAGAGCCAUGCAGACCACGAGCAUCUUUCAUCAGAAGAAAACGACCACAGUUCUUGUUACAGCCAGUCAGAUAGUCAGUAUGGUUCUCCUCCAAAGGGUUGGUCAGAAGAGUUGGAUGAACAUGGUCAAACCUUAUAUACCAAUGACUAUACUAAUGAAAAGUGGAUAAAACAUGCAGAUGAACAAGGUAGACCAUACUACUACAGUGCUGAUGGUUCCAGGUCAGAGUGGGAGUUACCUAAGUAUAAUGCUUCACCACAGCAGCAGAGAGAUAUAAUAAAGAGUAGGAGUCUGGACAGAAGGCUACAGGAACCAAUAGUUUUAACAAAAUGGAGGCACAGCACAAUUGUGCUGGACACCAACGACAAGGAAUCAUCAACUGCUUCUAAGGCCAGUUUUCCUGAAAAUGAGUCAUCUCCUUCUUCACCAAAGCAUCAAGCCACAGGUCAAGAAAAGUAUGGGUUAUUAAAUGUGACAAAAAUUACAGAAAAUGGGAAGAAAGUUCGAAAGAACUGGAUGUCAUCAUGGGCAGUGUUACAAGGGUCAUCGCUGCUGUUCACUAAAACCCAAGGAAGUGGAACUGGCUGGAAGUUUGGUGUUAAUCAAUCUAAGCCAGAAUUUACAGUGGAUCUCAAAGGGGCUUUGAUUGACUGGGCCUCGAAGGACAAAUCCAGCAAAAAGAAUGUUAUUGAGCUAAAAACUCGCCAAGGUACUGAGCUCCUCAUUCAAUCAGAUAAUGACAGCUUCAUUAAUGAAUGGUAUAAAGUUCUUAACUACACCAUCAAUAAUCAGGUAAUAGAGUCUGAUGAAGCAUUAGAUGAUGAGGUACCAGAUUCACCUGGAGUGGAAAAACAAGACAAAGAGAAAGAAAAUAAAGACUCUAAGAAACUUCGUUCAGUGAAAGCACCCAGCAAUAUAGAUUCCACAGAUCAGAAAAAGACCAAAACAAAGCUCAAGAAGUUUCUUACACGGCGCCCUACAUUACAAGCUGUCCGUGAAAAAGGCUACAUUAAGGAUCAAGUUUUUGGUUCAAAUCUCACCAGCUUGUGUCAAAGAGAAAACAGCACGGUGCCAAAGUUCGUGAAGCUGUGCAUUGAGCAUGUUGAGGAACAUGGAUUAGAUAUUGAUGGCUUAUACAGAGUUAGUGGCAAUCUUGCAGUGAUACAGAAGCUGAGAUUUGCAGUCAAUCAUGAUGAGAAGCUGGACUUGAGUGACAGUAAAUGGGAAGAUAUACAUGUCAUUACAGGAGCUCUAAAAAUGUUCUUCAGAGAAUUGCCAGAGCCGCUGUUCACUUACAACCACUUCAAUGACUUUGUCAAUGCAAUUAAGCAAGAACCAAGGCAGCGUGUCCCUGCUGUUAAAGAUUUAAUCAAACAGUUGCCAAAACCAAACCAGGACACGAUGCAAGUACUCUUUAGACACCUGAAAAGAGUUGUAGAAAAUGGAGAAAAGAACCGAAUGACCUAUCAGAGUAUAGCAAUAGUUUUUGGUCCAACCUUAUUAAAACCAGAGAAAGAGACUGGUAACAUAGCAGUCCACACAGUGUACCAGAACCAGAUUGUAGAGUUAAUUCUACUGGAAUUGAAUUCCAUCUUUGGACGCUGACAUUGUUCUUGGAGAAGAAACUGGAAGUGAUGGGUUGGCAUCAGAAGGAAAACCUUUUGCUUUAUAUGGUGUUUUAUGUUUGUGGACCAAGCAGCAACUUGUUUUUUGCACUUUUGGGGAGGAGAGAAACAGGAGAAAUGUUUGCAAACUUUAAUGCGAAUUAAAGACAACACUUCAGAUUUCUUUGAAAAGUUCAAUAUAAAAAGUGAAUUGAAAAGUUUAUAGUUUGCCUUUUUUAAGUAUCAUUGGAAAAUUUUAAUAUAGGUUCAUACACUGGAUUUCUCAGAGAGUAAAACUAAUAAUCUCAGACUGGAUAAUCUGGAAUUUAAUCUCAAAAUUCUUCCAUAUGUUGGGGAAAAGUCCUACCAUUUUUCCUGGUAUGGACAAAUUCAGUGAAGUCACAUUUUAAGCUUUUUUAUUGCAACAUACUUAGAUCUGUAUGACACACUUUUCCAAGGGGUUUCUGCAUGCAGUGACUGUCAUAGACUUGCGCUAACAAUUGGGUUUAGCUACUCAAAUCGAAUUCUUCACGUGAUAUCUGCUGCCCUUUUUCCUUCUUUUUCUCCUGUUUUUCUCUUGUUGGUUCUUUUUUUCUUUUUUUUUUACUGCUUUCUUACCUUUUUUUCCCCAGCAGCCUCUCUGGAAGUUCUUUGCUGCUUCAUAAAGCAGCACACUAUUACACUAUUUCAAAAACUAAAAAUAUCCAGCAAUAGUUAUUUGUCUUGGGACAUAAUAGAAGUAAUAUUUAAUAAACGUUCACUUUUCAGGGUAUGUCCUGAGCUAAGUUUUGUGUUAUACUGAUCUAAAGCUAAAGUCCUAAGUAAAUACCGACUGUAACACUGUAUUGAGUUCUUGGUAUAAUGCUGUGGUAGUGGAAGUUCAUUCUUGAUGUAAAUACAGGCUGUCCUUUUGAUUCCUGUAUAUAAUUCAGUUCCUGUAUAGCUUAAGAACAUAUUUAGUCACACAUUUCUAAUCAUGGGUAGAUUAGCUAAAGUAGCAUAAUAUUUUCAGUGGAUGUCUGGGUUUCAGCAGGGAAACAGGUUAUGUGGAGGGAGGGAGAUCUAACUGUGUGCACUUUUAGAUGUUAAUUACAUUUGCGGGCAAGUAACUGUAAUGCAAAUGGUACUGGAGAAAUACUGAGUGUGCUUGCUAAAUUGUUAAUGCACUACAAGAAGAGCCUUUUAGGUUAUUUAAUAUGUACAGGAUACAUUAGAAAUAUGUAAUAUGAAUUCUAACAUCUACAGAUAGUGAAAGUCAUGUUUUGAUAGGUAGAUGUUUGGUGGAAUCCACAAUGCUAAAUUUAAGAUUUUUCUUUUUACAUUAAUGUAGAAUAAUUUGUAAAAUUGGUUUUGAAAGAUUUUGUUACAGGGAGCAUGGUCUGCUGAAGAUUUUUUUAAAUGUAUUUUUCUAGACUAACUGCUGUAUCUGACAUAUUUGUUAUGUCUAACCUGAAUAAAGAAAACCAAUAGUUCUCUUAGAGUUUACCAUACCCACUUCAGCCAACACAAACCCCCUUUAAAUAAGACCAAUGUAUCUUACCCCUUAGCAUGGAUGGAUCCCACUUGUGACAAAGCUGUCACACUGGACUGAAAUACGAAUGCCUGCUUUAUAGCCUGACAAUUUUAGGAACUUCCCAGUCCCCUUCUUUAACAACUUGAAUUCUAACAUAAAGGUUCAGAGAGGGCAGAAGUAAUUUAUGGGUAUAAAUUUGCAGUCUUUCAAACACAUCCCAGCUUGGAGCCUGCUGUACAGGAAGCAGUUAGGUAGGGGAAGGGGGGAUUGUGUCACAGCCUUGGGUCUGGCUGUCCCUUCACAGCCAGCCCUGGCUGGCAGCAGAGGGGAUGUGUGGUGACACACUGAGCUGGAACCAGACUGAUGGUACAAGAAUUUCACGAGCAUAGGGCUUGCAUGAAAAGUUUUUGGAGAUGAGUGAGAAGAUUAGUAACUUUGUGGCUUUCUCAGUGUCUUCUUGUGGUAAUGGUGAAGUCUUGUGGUUUGUUGCAAAGCGACCUGGGUGAGAGCUGUGAAAGCCCCGUCUCAGCAGUGUGCUGCCAGCCUCCCUGGGGGCUGUCACACCAGCACUGCUCAGCCUGUGCCCUGGCCUGCUACAAAAUACCCACAGAGUUGGAAUCUGGGGCUGGGCCUUACUCAAGCCCUGCCUUUGGCUGUAAAGAAAGAAUUCCUGCUGCUAUAUGAGAGGGCUUGUUCACCGGUCACCUUUUGUUGCGAGUGUUACCUUUCUCAAAGGAAGAAUGCCUUUUUAAAGCAAUUUGAUAAUGAGGAUGUCACACUUUUCCUUGUAGUCCCCCAAAAUAAAGCAUUUUGUUAUUACAGUA